AUGGACCCCGGCCCUCCGCUGGGCUGCAGCCUGAAGGACGUGAAGUGGAGCGCAGUGGCCGUGCCCCUGAACCUGCUCGUCAGCACCUACCGGCUGCCCCAGAUCGCCCGGCUGGACAGCGGUGAGACUGUGGAAGGCCUUCGAGAGAGCGACUACCUUCUGAUCCACUCCUGUCGGCAGUGGACAACAAUCACAGCUCACAGUCUGGAGGAGGGUCACUAUGUCAUAGGGCCAAAGAUAGAAAUCCCUGUGCAUUAUGCAGGGCAGUUUAAGCUGCUGGAACAAGACCGAGAUAUUAAGGAGCCAGUGCAGUAUUUUAACAGUGUGGAGGAGGUGGCUAAAGCAUUUCCUGAACGAGUUUACGUCAUGGAGGAAAUAACAUUCAACGUUAAGGUGGCUUCAGGUGAAUGCAACGAGGACACUGAGGUUUACAACAUUACCCUUAGCACUGGGGAUGAGCUCACGUUAAUGGGGCAAGCAGAAAUCCUGUAUGCAAAAUCUUCGAAGGAAAAGUCGCGCCUCAACACCAUCUUCAAGAAAAUCGGGAAGCUUAAUUCCAUCAGCAAGCUAGGCAGAGGCAAAAUGCCCUGCCUCAUCUGCAUGAACCACAGGACCAACGAGAGCAUCAGCCUCCCAUUCCAGUGUAAGGGCAAGUUCAGCACCCGCAGCCCGCUGGAGGUGCAGAUGCAGGAAGGGGAGCACACGAUUCGCAACAUCGUGGAGAAAACCCGGCUGCCCGUGAACGUGACCGUGCCGAGCCCCACGCCCCGGAACCCUUACGACCUGCAUUUCAUCCGCGAGGGGCACAGGUACAAGUUUGUCAACAUUCAAACCAAGACCGUGGUGGUUUGCUGCGUGCUUCGUGGCAACAAAAUUAUUCCCAUGCAUUUCCCCUUGCACUUGAUGCUCCCGAAAUUCACUCUUCCCGACAGCCUGGUGAAGGGGGAGCUGUGGCACGAAGCCCUCAUCCAGCACUGGUUUAACGUUUGCCAGGAGCAGUUCGACAUAGAUGAGUACUCCCGUGCGGUGCGAGACGUGAAGGCUGACUGGAACGAGGAGUGCAAGAGCCCGAAGAAGAGCCGGUGCCCGGGGCACAGCCAUGUGCCCAGCUCCCUCAGCUACGCACGGGACGAGCUCACCCAGUCCUUCCACCGCCUCUCCGUCUGCGUCUACGGCAACAACCUGCACGGGAACAGCGAGGUGAACCUCCACGGCUGCAGGGACUUGUGCAAUGAGUGGGCCCUCUUCUCUCACGACACCCUGCAGUACCAGGAGUCUGGUGACAGCAGCAGCGAUUACCUCUUCCCUGAGGUUAGCGAAGAGUCCAUGUUCCUGCCUACGAAGCCAGAACUUCCUUACGAAGAGCUGUGGUUGGACCAAGGGUCUGGAAAGGCUGGAGAGCAGCUUCUCACUCGCUCGCUGAGUGAGAAGAGCAAAUGUGACAACUACAGAGGCUCUUUCCGAUCAAAGUGUGGUCCCGCGUCUCUUCCUGUGCCUGCGACUGUUGGAGCGACCACAAAGUCUUCAGAUGUUUCCCUACCUCCACCUCCAGUGCCUCCCAAAUCAGAAGCAGUAAAAGAGGAAUGCAGGCUCCUGAAUGCUCCUCCUGUCCCACCACGGAGUUCCAAGCCGUCCUCCAGCAGUCCUUCCAUCCCUCCUCGCACAGUCAAACCCGCCCGCCAGCAGACCCGCUCUCCUAGCCCUACUCUGUCCUACUACUCUUCAGGACUGCACAACAUCAGUGUCACGGAGAGUGACAGCCCCGACCCAGCUGACAGCACACCUGUGUCCUGCUACCCUUGCAACAUGAUGAAACCCGAAUCCAAAGAGCCUGAGAGCACCAUGCCUUUGGGAAGCCCCUCAAGUGAAGCUCUGCCUUCCAGGUUAUCUUGGCCAAACCACUUGUCAGGAACUGCUGAAGGCCUGAACAGGAGCGACUUCCUGCUGGAUCCAAGCAGGAGCUACAGCUACCCCAGACAGAAGACUCCAGGUACGCCAAAGAGAAACUGUCCGGCACCUUUGACUUUUGACUUCAAUGGGUGUGAGCUGCCGGCAGGGUACUCCCCGCUGACCCCAGCAGAGUUCACAAACACCAUCUCCAGCUGUCCAAAGUCAGCAAGUUAUUCUCUAGACUGCACUGAUGAAAAAACUCUUGGAGUCAGCAGCACAAAGCAGAGCCAUUCGUGUCCUGCCUUACCUCCUCGGGCGCCAAAGUCAGCUGAAGAGAAGACAGUUACAGACACGAGUCCCUUGCCACUGAAAAUAGAUGGUGCUGAGGAGGAGUCAAAAACUGGUUCUCCAGACCUCCUGGAAGAUCAGUGUCUCAUGAAAAAGGGCAUGCAGGAUACGUUCUCUGUGUCUUACCCUUUCUCAUCUCCCCUCCACCUCCAGUUAGCACCAAGGUCUUGUGGGGAUGGCUCUCCCUGGCAGCCACCCACGGACCUUUCUGGACUCUCAAUAGAGGAAGUGUCUAAGUCACUGAGGUUUAUCGGUCUGUCAGAAGAUGUCAUAUCGUUUUUUGUUACAGAGAAGAUUGAUGGCAAUUUACUGGUUCAGCUUACAGAAGAAAUCCUGUCAGAAGACUUUAAGCUAAGCAAACUGCAGGUUAAGAAAAUCCUGCAGUUCAUUAAUGGCUGGCGGCCCAAGAUGUGA